AUGUGGAACAAACGUCGUUGUUUGAGGACGGAAUCGGAGUCGCUGCCCCACGAAGUGGUAGAGUAUAUCAUGGAGAGGCUUCCGGCGAAAUCUCUGCUGAGAUUCAAGGCUGUAUCGAAGCAAUGGAAAUCAACGAUCGAAUCCUCAUUCUUCAAAGGAAGACAGCUGAUCCAUGGACAGAGUUCUGGAGAUCCAGAAGUUUUCAUGAUGUGUUAUCAUCCUCACCGUGUAAAAUCUCUAAGAACACUGGUGGUGGGUUCAUCAUCACAGGUCGAGAUACCUGUUCCACGGGAGAUGAAGAACAUACCUUACUUAGUUUGUCGGAGCAGCUGUGACGGUCUCGUUUGUCUCUACGAUCGCUGGUUUCCCGGAUUUGUGGUCAAUCCCACCACCGGAUGGUAUCGGACUCUUCCUCUCUGCGAUUUACAACGGCUCAGGGUCCGCUUAGGAGAUAGUUACUACACGCUCGGACACACAAUCUCUGACCUUGGGUUCGGUAAGGACAAAUUAACGGGCACAUACAAGGCCGUUUGGCUAUACAACUCUGCAGAGAUUGGCCUAGAAAACGCUACUACGUGCGAGGUUUUCGAUUUCUGCUCCAACGCUUGGAGUUAUGUUACUCCCGCUGCUCCUUAUCGGAUUGCUGGCUUUUCAUGUCAUCUCCAAAGCUCCGUUUGCCAAUGCAGAGGCUUCUCAGAUGGCCAUGUGCAACCUCGAGAACCGCUUGUGCGUAUCCGUGGUGAAGCCGUCGUCUAA